AUGUCGUUGCAGAAGCUGGUGGGCGUGCUUUCGCGUGUCAAAACAGCUGCGGAGUCGUUCCGCAACCCGGUUUUCCGCAACUACUUCGUUGGGAAGGCUGAGGAGGAGCUGAGUCUGCUGCGCGAGCGCGGAGCGUCGAUGCCUUCCUCUGAGCUGGAGUCGCGGCUGCAUUCGAACACCGAGUUGGAGGCGAUCCUCUUACGCCAGACCACGGUACACAACCUGUAUUACGUGUCCGAUGCGCUUGUGGACAAGUGA